CUUCCCGGGCUGAGAGGGGCAGGAAAACCAGCUCCUUUUGUGGCACAAAGCCAAGAGGGCUGUGGAGGGCAGCCCAGUCAGUGGUGGCUGCUCUCCCCAGACCUGCAGAACGUGAACAUCACGCUGCGGAUCCUGUUCCGGCCCGUGACGGCGCAGCUGCCGCGCAUCUUCACCAGCAUCGGCGAGGACUACGACGAGCGGGUCCUGCCCUCCAUCACCACCGAGAUCCUCAAGUCUGUCGUGGCUCGCUUUGAUGCUGGAGAGCUGAUCACCCAGAGGGAGCUGGUCUCCAGGCAGGUGAGCGAGGACCUCACGGAGAGAGCGGCGACCUUCGGGCUCAUCCUGGACGACGUGUCCUUGACCCACCUGACCUUCGGCAAGGAGUUCACAGAGGCGGUGGAAAUGAAGCAGGUGGCCCAGCAGGAAGCAGAGAGAGCCAGAUUCAUUGUGGAAAAGGCCGAGCAGCAGAAG